GUGAGGGUGAGAGCUGAGGCUGGAGGCUGGUGAGGUUCGGCAGUCUCUGAUGGACUCGGGGGUCGCGGCGCGCGCGGGUCUGUGGAAGUGUGUAUGGGGGCAGCGCGCGGGAUGAGAGCUGAGGAAGGAGGGAGAGGAGAAAGGCUCAAAACCGGUUUCCACUCCUCCUCCUUUUAAAAUCUACACUUUCUUCAGGUUUUCUCAUCAGAGGACCCUCUCUGUGACACCUGCCCCCUUUGGAGGAUCACUGUUACAGGUUUACUACUGCGAUGGCGUCCUUCCUUUACCAGGCACGCCUGCUCCACCCCAUCCAGCUCGUCCUGCUUCUUCUACUCUGCGCUAGGCCAGGUUCCCCCGACAGGCCCCAGUGGCCUCUGCAGCGUGUGCCGGUUGUCCUUCCCCAGCAGAUCGAGGAGCGUCCGCCCCCUCACUUUCUCGGGCCAGCUCAGCUGGAGGUGACCUCCUCUUGCGGCCCAGAGUGUCACAAGCAUGCCCCGACCCCCAGCUACUGGGACCUGCGGCGCUUCCUGUCCUACGAGACUCUCCACUCCGACGGCCAGCUGACCGAGACAGUUGUGGGAAUCUACGGCUUUGACCCGAACUCCUUCCGCAAGAGCCCUGCGGCUGAGCAAGGGCGCUCCAGAGCCAAGCGCCAGAUCUUCGGGCACGACGGGCGAUUCAGCAUCGUAGGUCUGGACUUCCUGCAGAACUAUCCCUUCUCGACGGCUGUGAAACUGUCUACUGGGUGCUCAGGCACGCUGGUGGGAGACAAGCAUGUCCUCACGGCAGCCCACUGCGUCCACGAUGGAAAAAACUACGUCAAGGGAGCGCAGAGGCUCAGAGUUGGCUUCCUCAAGCCACGGCAAAAGGAUUCGCUAGUUAACGGCAGCAGCUCGGCAAAAAGCAAAAGUCCUCCAGCGGACAAGAUGAAGUUCCAAUGGAUUCGAGUCAAGAGGACCCAUGUGCCCAAGGGCUGGAUAAAGGGCAAUGCCAACGACAUUGGGAUGGACUACGACUACGCCCUUCUGGAGCUCAAGAAGGCGCACAAGCGAAGGCACAUGAAGUUGGGAGUCAGCCCCUCUGCCAAGCAGCUACCUGGGAGUCGAGUGCAGUUCUCCGGCUUUGACAACGACCGACCGGGACAGCUGGUCUACCGCUUUUGCAGGGCUGGGGACGAAACCUACGACCUUUUGUAUCAACACUGCGACGCCCAACCUGGAGCAAGCGGCUCGGGCGUUUACGCCCGGAUGUGGGACCGCAAACGUCGCCGCUGGGAGCGGAAGGUGAUUGGUGUCUUUUCAGGACACCAGUGGGUGGACCUCAAUGGCGCCCCCCAGGAGUUUAAUGUGGCGGUGCGCAUCACUCCCCUCAAAUACGCCCAGAUCUGCUACUGGAUCAAAGGGAACUAUGUGGACUGCAGAGACGGCUAAACGAAGGUUUCAGCACUAUUCUAUUAACUAUUCGCUUCAAAGCUUCAAAGGUCAAUGCAUCAUUUAAUGCAUCAUUCAUAAAACACUGGCACAUAAGCACUGAAAAAAAGGAGUAAAACAUAUAAAACACAUACUGUAUAUAUUCAGAAUUCAUGCUCAUUCUUGCUCAGAAACUGUAGUCUCCAUAAUUAUUUACCUAACCAAACAAUCACACACAUUUCACUCCUAUUAAGAUUAUUUUGGUAAGGCUCAAAACCAGCAAACCACUAUGCAUAGAUGGAAAGAAAGACAAGACUCUUAAAAUAAAAAAAUGGCAGAAAGACGGUAACUGCAUCAAAUCUGUUUAAUAAUAUCAUCUGUGGACUUCUUCUGUAGAAAGCACUGAAUCUACUUUUUCUCUGUAAACCUUUGUAAAUGUUCUCUUUUGUGUGAAAGAAUGUACUGCAAAGAAUGUUAACCAAAGGUGCUUUAAAAAAAAAAACAGUUAUAUACACACAACUAUACAAACAUGCAUAAGUCUUGACUACUGUAAAGAACGUCCCCAAGUGAGGUAGUAUCCGUUUCUAUUUCUAUUUCUGUUCUGCUAGCUACCCCUUGUGGUCAAAAACAGAAAAGCAGUUUUCACCUCUUAUUCUAAUAGUGGUGAAUGUGGUGCUGCCCUUUAUUUUACACUGAUCAGAGAAGUAAAAAGAACGUUACUUUUAUUUUAAUGGGGCAAAAUAACAGCAAAUGCAUGAAAGACAAAACAAAGUGGUAUUUAAGUAUAUCAAGCAAGUUUCAUAUGCCAAUGUUUGCUCCCAAAGCACUUUGAAUUUAUAUUUCUACUUUCUUCAUUAAUGUCAUUACCAUGUUGGGAUGAUCAUUCAAAUUGUACUUUACAAAUAAAGCAUUAAAUGCUUUGGAAUAAGCGAUGUUUCCAAAUGUCA